AUGUCACGGCAGUCGGAUUCGAAUUAUACAGAUUUUGGCAGAUCGCUCAGGAUCAAAUCUAAAUUCCCGAUUACGGAUCCAGCUGGUAAAAACCGUGGGAACUUAAUUAUAUCGGCUGUCUUCCGCACCACCAUCACCACCAAAUGCCGAUAUGCACGACGUGCACGCGACGGACGUCUCGUGUACGUUUCAGCAUCAAACCUCCGACUUAAACGAUGUUCGAAUUGCCAUGCAUUCGUGGAUCCGUACAUUGAAUACGACGACUUGACAUUGCUCAUUGACCUUGAGUGGCAUGUAUCGACAACUGCUGUUCAACCGAGGGGCGAAGCCUAA